AGAACAGGUGGUUCCAUUAUUGGAAGAAGCUAAUAAUAUGUACCUGAAUAGCGUGCGCGCAAGUGCCCAUAGCUGACUUGCAUCUGAUCGGUGUCCCGAUGGAGGCCGCUGCUACAGCAGGUGCUGGAGAUAGUUCCUUUGAGCCAUCCCUGUGGGAUGACUUCUUUGUGUCCUACACCCCUCCUUGCUCACAGGCAUGCACACAUCAUCAUAUGUCGGAGGAGUGGAUGAGAGAGAGGGCAGAUGAACUCAAGGUGGAAGUACAUCGUAUGUUUGAAGCUGUGGAUGAAAUGCGUGUUGCUGACUCGAUGAUUCUUGUGGAUGCACUCCAACGCCUCGGCAUAGACAACCACUUUCAGGAAGAGAUUAACACAACAAUGAGGCAUGUAUACACUGGGGAACUAGAGAUGCCAAGCUCCAAAGAACUGCACAUGGUUGCCCUCCGCUUUCGUCUGCUUAGGCAACAUGGAUUUUUUCUACCUACAGAUGUCUUUGAUGAGUUCAGAGAUGGUACUGGAAAUUUCAACACAUGUCUAACCACGGAUCCAAAGGGGCUUGUGAGCCUGUACAACGCAGCUCACAUGGCGGUGCCAGGCGAGGAUGUCCUCGAUGAUGCCAUCGCCUUCACCAGGACGCAUCUCGUGGCAAUGAAAGGCAGUCUUGUUUUUCCAAUUGCGGACCAAAUAUCUCGUACACUUGACAUCCCACUCACUCGGUACAUGCCUCAGCUUGAGACCAUGCACUUCAUCAUUGAAUAUGAGCAGGAAGACGGGCACAAUGCCUCUCUACUGGAGCUCGCAAGGCUGGACUAUAGUCUCACCAGAUCUGCCUAUCUUAAGGAGCUCGGGACCUUCUGUUUAUGGUGGGAGGAUUUCUACAAGGACGUUAACUUAACAUACUCUCGGGACCGUGGAGUGGAAAUAUACUUCUGGGGCUUCGGAGUGUUCCCUGGUGAGGAAAACACUCGUGCAAGAAUAAUAUUUUCCAAGGUGAUUGCGUUGAUAAGCCUAAUGGAUGACACCUUUGAUUCCCAUGCCACCUUCGAGGACUGCAAAAACUUAAAUGAAGCUAUACAAAGAUGGGACGAGAGUGCGGCCUCUGUCCUGCCUGAAUAUCUGAGGAUGUUUUACACCAAAAUACUCAGCUGUUUUAAUGAAUUCGAGGAUAUUCUGGAACUAAGAGAAAAGUACCGUGUGGCUUAUGUCCAAAAGGCGUUCAUGUUGCUGUCGAAAUAUUACCUUGAGGAGGCAAAAUGGUGCAAUGAGAAGUACAUGCCGAACUUCAAAGAUCAGGUUGAGCUUUCCUCUAUGUCGUCGGCUGGUCCAGUACUGACCCUUGCAGCCCUAAUGGCUGCGGGCAAUGAGGCAACCAAGGAGGCAUUCGAGUGGGCAAGCAGUGUGCCUGACAUGGUGCAUGCUUGUGCAGAGAUAGGCCGCUUUGUCAAUGACAUAUCUGGUUUCAAGAAAGGGAGGAAGAACAAGAACGAUGUUGCUAGCUCCCUGGAGUGCUACAUGAAGGAGCAUGGCACCACAGGAGAGGAGGCUGCGGCAGCGCUCACUGCAAUGGUGGAGCAAGCAUGGAGGAGGAUCAACAAGGCGUUCAUGGAGAUAGAUCGAGGACUGCUGCCAGCUGUGACUUUGGCCGUGAUCAACCAAGCAAGAUUAAGUGUGGUCGUAUACUAUGGAGGAAAGGAUGCCUACACCUUCACCAGUGACCUUGAGGAUCUCAUAACGUCCGUCUUCCUAAAGCCUAUCCCAGUUUAAUGAUGAACAAUAUUUUGUGUGCAUCUCUUAUCAUGUUAUAAGCAUGCUUUAGUUGGUGUGAGCUUGGUCAUGUCAUGUUUCUCGGCCAAGCAUGUGUCAUUGCACACAUAAGCCUAUUCGAGUUUCUAGUAGUGGGGUACCUCUCCUUAUGUGUGUGUCCUGUUCACAUGGGUGGGACUUGUUCUGGUUGAUCAGCUUAAGCUUUACCCUUUAAUAUGGUCUGUAGUUUGUUGCAAGCA